GUUCGCUCCCCUAGCUACGCAUUAAAUAGAAAGUGUUUCAUUGUUGUCAAAAGCAGGGGAUCGGUAUAAUAUUACUACACUACUGUUGACGUCACCCCCACCACCUGUUUCGUCGCAAGCAGGUUCGAACACGUUCAGUAUACGCCGGUUUUGCCGACGAACAGCGUCAGAACGCAGGUGGAUUCUAAACAAAGUGCAAGUGCUUUACGUGCGAAAUCGUGCGCACGAAUGAAUCUGUCAACAGUCUACGGAAGAAUUUUACUCAUAUACGAGUACUUCACCAGAAGUAAUUCAUCUUUUCAACCUUUGUACGUCCAUAUCAUAUUUUCCAAUGGCUAUGAUAGAGGAAAGAUUUUGUCGUGAUGAUAGUGAUUGUUCUAAUACACAAUAUUGUUAUCUUAUAUCGGAACGAUGUGUCGAUUAUACGCAAUGCAAUAGAUACAAUAGAGCAGAAAAUCAUAAAGGAAGAUCACGACAUCUUUCUCAAUGCGGCCCCUGUCUUCCUGGAACCUUUCAUCACCUGUAAAGAAGGGUCACCUCCAAUUAAUAAUAAUAAAAUCUUAAGAGACAAGAACAAUCUUGUGCGUGCUGUCGGUUAUAUACCUCCAUGCUGGGUUUGUACAAAUCCAAAUUAUGAAUAUGAUUCAAAUAACGACAAUAUAGAUGCAAUAGGACAACUACAUUCACCUGAAUUAUCAACUGAUGAUCAAUCAAAUAAUCUGACUCCAGAGCAACUAGCUCUUGAAGUUAGAAAUGGAAGCUUAGCGGAAUAUGAAAUCGAACAAAUGGAUAAUAAUUUAAAUACAAUUCUAAUCCAAGCAAAUAAUCCUUCUUCGUCUAAUUCGACGCAAGAAGAAAACAAUAACAACAGUAAUGGUUCAACAUCAGAAUCAAGUAAUACUCAAAGUGGUAGAGAACAUGUUCGAAUAUCAAAUGUUCUAAUUUCUCAAAAAAUAUCUAUGAACGUAAAUCUACUCAACGGUGAUUGUUGAUCUCGAAAGAUUAAUUUAGGUUAGAACAAAGAUAUAAAUAUUGUUUAUGAUUGUCAAUUAUGUUAGUCAGUUUAUAUCACUUAAAGAUAUUUUAUAUUUCUAAGUAUUAAAUGACGGAUUCUUGAUAUUUUCUUACAAAAUACAAGACCUUCGAAUUUUUUACAUUUUUUUACUUUUAUAAUUAAUAUGCAUGAUGAUUAUAUUAGUUAUAAUAUAACAUUGCUGUGAAAUUAAAUUUAUAAAUUGCUCAAUAUCUUGUGACGGAAUGGUUGCAAAAUCAUAGUUCAUAAAUAAUUUUUGUUCAUUUAUAACGUAUUAGUAAACUUAACGUUUCGAAAAAAUAUAUUUGAAUAAUUUAAGAAGAAAUUUUUAAUGUAAUUCAAACAUAACUUCAACAAAACUUCAUUAAAAUUUUGUUCCAAAAAACAUAAUAUACUUUAUGCAUUUAGAAAACAAAUGUUAUUAAUUGCUUUUUCUAAAAGUAGUAUUAUUAUAUAAAUAUCUCUAGAUUAUAUUUUACAUGUAAUUCUUAUUAUAAUGUGUAGUACAUAAGAGUGCAUAUCUUAUGAUGUUUUGUAUUUAAGUGCCAUUAUUAUUGAGUUCUAAACAUAAUUAUCGAUGUUUAAUACAUUUUUAUUAUAAUAAAACAUUUAUUGUUAUAAAUAACCAGUUGAACAAAGGAAAUUUUAUUUUUAAUCCUAAAAUUUUUUAAUGCAAUUAAAGUAAUAUUUUUAUUUAAUUAUGUUAUUAGUUAUUAUUUGUCAAAAAUUAAAAUUUUUUUCAUUAACAGACACAAGAUUGUAUAUUAGAAUUUUUAUGGUUUUAUUAA